AUGAUCAUUAAGGUGCAACAAUUUGUAAGGUUUUUGGCCGAGUGGGACAUCAAAAGACUAUUCUGCAUCGACGUUGACAAUUCAAAAGAUCUAAAAAGAUAUGUCCAUUGCUGGUCCAAGCUUCCUCAAGAUCUCAUGCAAAUGGUUUUUGAACGCCUUGGAUUUGCAGAUUUCCAACGAGCUAAAUCCGUUUGUUCAUCUUGGCUGUCCGCUUCGAGACAAUCUAAGCCAACCAAUAAAAUCCCUUGGAUGAUUCUAUUCCCCAAGGACAACAAUUACGGUCUCUUGUUCAAUCCUGAAGAAAAGGACAAGUUUUACAAAACUCAAGAUCUUGGUAACGACUUUGCAAAGAGCUUUUGUGUUGCAACGUGUAGAAGCUGGCUUUUGAUGCUGGACCCUAAAUAUCUGAAUUUUUUUGAAGCCAAAACUCAAGAUCCUCUAUAUAACCUAUAUAUAUUAGAUCUUUUGACGCGCGAGAGAAUCAAUCUACCAACUUUGGUAUCAGAAUUUGGGCUCAACGCUCCAAUAUUUUGGAUGGACGAGAAAACCAAAGAUUACCUUGUUAUGGGUAUGUUUAAUGAAGAAGAUGCUGUUUCUUUCAAGAAAGGAGAUACCUCGUGGAAACAAAUGCCCGAGUUGUCAUUGUCAUGUAUGGAGCAGGGUUUUAACAUGGUAUAUAAGGAUCAUAAGCUCUAUUGUCUCAACUAUUAUAAACUCAAGAUUUUCGAUUUUUCUGGAGAAAUUCCGGUGAAAGUUUUCAAAACCAGCGUACAUGGGUUCAUACAAAGAUUGUUGAUAUGUCCUGGAAGAAUGCCUCCAGCUUAUAGUUUGACUCGUAUGAAGCAUUACGUGGUAGUCACAUUAAGUGGAGAUGUCUUGAUUGUUACGAGCACACGUCCGUGUAUGUCCAAGAUAUGGAACUUUGAAAUCUUCAAGAUGGAUUCAUCGAAGGGGAACAAAUGGGAGGGCAUUGAUUCUUUGGGGGAUGAGGCAAUUCUUUUGGAGUUAGGUAUCACAGUGGACACAAAGGAAAUUAAUGAAGGAGUCAAGAGAAAUUCUAUCUACUUCAAUGGUCGUGAUUUUGGAGAUGAAUACGAUGAAAACGAUGUUUUAAUAUUCAGUCUCGAUACAAAGAAGGUGGAAAAACCGCACCAAUUUGUUUGUUCCUCCGUUCGAUGCUCCAAUGCACGAUGGUUCUUACCAAGUUUUAAACGAGAGUGA